CGGUAGGGGAGGGGGUGUGGUGGAUACCGCAGCCGGCCAACACUGGAUUUAAUCUGCUAGAAGCAGCAAAGCAGCUCUUAUUUGAAAAGCUACUGGGUUCUGAGUUUGGAACUGUGGAGAACUUUCCUCUCCUCAGGCACAGAGACAGCUGCUUCUGAACAACAGCUGUCAUACAAAAACCCAUUCCAGUGGACAAUGGCUACCUACAUCCUGCAAAUCGUUGGCCUGGUGUUUGGUGGUAUUGGCAUGGUGGGCACACUGGCUGUCACCAUCAUGCCUCAGUGGCGAGUGUCUGCCUUCAUUGAAAGCAACAUUGUGGUUUUUGAAAACCGCUGGGAAGGCCUGUGGAUGAGCUGCAUGAGGCAAGCUAACAUCAGGAUGCAGUGCAAAAUCUACGAUUCCCUGCUGGCUCUUUCUCCGGAUCUACAGGCGGCUAGAGGGCUGAUGUGUGCUGCCUCUGUGUUGUGCUUCCUGGCUUUCAUGACAGCCAUCACUGGGAUGAAGUGCACCAGGUGCAUUGGGGACGAUGAGAAGGUGAAAGGUCACAUCCUGCUAACGACCGGAAUCAUCUUCAUCGUCACAGGUAUCUUGGUACUCAUCCCAGUGAGCUGGGUUGCCCAUGCCAUCAUCAGAGAUUUCUACAACCCUAUAGUGAAUGUGGCCCAGAAACGUGAGCUUGGAGAAGCCCUCUACAUAGGCUGGACCACCUCCCUAGUGCUGAUUGCUGGAGGGACAUUAUUCUGCUGUGGAUUUUGCUGUGCUGAGAAGAGCAGUAGCUACAGAUACUCAAUACCUUCCCAUCGCACAACCCAAAAAAGUUAUCACAUGGAAAAGAAGUCACCGAGUGUCUACUCCAAAAGUCAGUACGUGUAGUUGUGUAUGUUUUUUUUUUUUAACUUUACCUAUCAUGCCAUGCAAAUGACUUGGAUGCCCACUAUUUUAUAAUCAUGGGGCUCAAUGGAACAUUGAUUUGUUUUUUUUAACUGCUGAACAUUAACUACAGGAACUACACAUCAGCUGUUUGUGAUUUUAUAAGCUAUUCCAGCAGAAUGAGAUAUUGAACAUACCAUUUGGAUUGUUUAAGGACAUCUGGUAAUUUGUUUGCUGAAAUGUUUCAUGCGUCUAUUCCUUUUAUCGGUUAUUUCAAAAUGACAUUGUUAAAGACUGUAUUGUUUUAUAACUGUAAUAUCUCCAUGUCAUAGCAUUAUGUACCUGAAUGAACAUGACAUUUAUUUCUCAUGUAAAUAGAGACAGGCUUAUAUGGUUUUAUUUAAAAUGAAAUACAUAUCCAUUACACUGAAUAAAUAGAACUCAGUGAUUGCUUUUUGGCAGAAUCAGAGAUAGACUUGGAGAGGUUCAUAUUAAUUGUUUAAAGACAGCUUAGGGAUUAAUACACUAUUUAUAGCGAAGGUUCAAAUGAAGACUGCAGUCAACAGUGAAAAGGGAACUAAAUGGCUUGUCUCAUAUCCUGUUUUUCAGAUUAGAACUUUAGAAACCCUCUCUCCCUUAUCCUCUCCCUAGAGACCUUCAUUUUCCCAUGUAUCAAAUUAAUAUCAUUUAAAAGGCAGAUUUUCUGCAAGAGGCCUUAUUUCCAAGCUAUUUAUAAGGACUUAUUAAGAAGAAAGAUUAAACUGACAUGGCAAAAUAGUCAUAAUUCUAAGAAAGUGAAUUUUUUCCUCUUAAUGCCUUGUUUCUGGAGAGAAAUGCUGAUUGACAAAAAUCAUGUAUAUAUGAGAAUAUUUGAACAAGCAUUUGAAUAUAGACUUAAAGCUUUUGGCAAUAUAAAUACCAUUACAGAAAGACAACAUGCUUUAAUUCUCCCCCAACUCCUCCCCAAAAAGUUCCAAAAAUGUUACAGCUUGAGAACUGCACUGUGCAUAGUUGGGUUGAAGUCAAAAUUGCACUUCUGUCGAAGAUAAUUUUCUGUCAAAAAUAAAUUUCCUAUUUGUUCUAUUUUAGUUCAGGCUUAUUAAACUGUGAAAUACUAUAGCUUUCUGUUUCCUCCAAACUUGAUGAAAUGGAUAAUCCAAUUUGGAAGUAUGUAUCUAUUUUUGUCUAGCUUAAAUAACUAUGUACAUUAUAAGCUUUGUCUUGUAUUUAUAAA